AUGCCAUUGUUAUUUGUGUUUGUCAGUAUUUUAUAUAUGUUUAUAGCCAACAAUGUCGGGCAGAAUAUAAUAGACCACAAUAGUGAUAUAUUUUUUACUGCGUACAACGUUCAGUGGUAUAGAGCCCCAUUACAUAUACAAAGAAUGAUAUUGUUUCUAUUACAAAGAGAAACCAAGAAGUUUACUCUGAAUGUCUGUGGAUUGUUUGAUGCAUCCAUAGAGUGUUUUGCCAUGUUAGUAAAGACUUCGGUGUCUUAUUUUACUGUCAUAUAUUCUACGCGGUGACGAAACAAAUAUGAAUUUAAUAAUAACAU